UCACAAUGGGUUGGUUCGGUUCAGACAAGCCCAAUGCUCCCGAAGCACCAAAGGCGACAGGCGACGGCGGCUUCAUUGCGCCUGACCGCUCAAAGCGCGCACACUGCUGGGAGGCCCGCGAUGGCUACUUUGCCUGCCUCGACAAGAACAACAUCAUCGACAGUGUGAAGCAAUCCGAAAAGGCCGACAACCUCUGCGCCCCCGAGUCGGCCAAGUUUGACCAAAAUUGUGCCUCGAGUUGGAGAAGAGUCAUGGAAUACCAACGCGACCAGACCCUCAAGAGGCUACAAGGCGAGGGUGCCAGCGACAUUGCCGUCCAGCAAAAG